UUUUUGUUUGUAAACAAACAGACGCCGGGGAGAGCUUGUAGCGGCAUCCACCUCCACUCCUGCCAGGCUGCAGGGAACACACGGCUUGUGGACUACACUUAGACCAGAGCGUUGGCAUUCUCGCCCUCAGGGGAGCACUCAGGGAAGUGAUGCAUGAGCUGAGUGGCCUGGAGCGGGAGGUGACCAUGCCUGUUACUCUGUCCAUCCACCAGUGGAGGGUCGUGACAAAGUGUUGUGUCUGCUCUUGUAUCAGAAUGGCCAGGAUGGGCAGCAGUGGCGGACCACCGCGACUGUGAGGCGGAGCCUCUAGACUACACAUAAAUGACAUAAAAAAAAAGGUUGGGGGCAUAAGCUACAGCUGCGCAUGGCCUUGAUACUCAUUUCCGACUCAUUGGCCUUUGAGCUUGUGUUGGGUAAAGAAUGCAUUAUCCCUGGACACAGUACAAUACAAAGGAAAACUACAUAUCAUCUAAAAAAAAUUAUUGCAAUUUAAAUUAAUUGGCUAACAUUGAAACAAACAUUGUUUGUAAAUUGUUUGUUAUUCACAGGAACAAACCAUUACUAGCCAUUACUUUACAUAAAGCAUAAAGAUCCUUGACGUGGCUCACAGUUUGAUGUCAUUUGUUAUGGGACAAUAUUGUGCUGGCAUAUGUUGAAUGCAAAAGUGAAGAGUGUGCUGAAGAGAAUCAGGACCAGGAAGAAGUGACAAAGAGUGAUUGACAGACAACAUCAAGAAGCUGCACAGCAUGAGCAACAUAGAUAUCAAAGAUGUUGUGGCCCACAUCAAGGCAGAAUACAUACUCCCCAUUGAAUCCCAUGUGGCCAAAACAGAAGCAAAGACAGAGAAUGGUAAAGAUGCUGCCGCCGUGGAGGAUCCUGAUAAAACUUCAGGACCUCCACGCAAGAAACAGAAACUCACAGGCACCAACAAGCAUCGGCCCAAGCUAAUCAAGGCCCCAAGGAGUGCCAAGUUGUGCCGGUCCCUCUGGUGCCUUGAGAAGGGAGAUGAGGCGCCUUCCACCUGCUCCUUCCCCAAGUGCGACUUCAUGCAUGACAUCUCGGCCUACCUCAGCGCCAAGCCGUCAGACCUCGGGCCGGAGUGCCAUAAUUUCCGCACAUAUGGGAGGUGUCACUAUGGCCUGGUGUGUCGGUUCGGAGGUGACCACAUCGAGGGGGAGAGGAACAAGGUGGAGCAGCGGCCUGAGGGUUCGACUGGCCCAGCUGUUGUCAAUUCCCUUAAGAAAGAGGUUCAACAUCUCUUGAGGAAGCGGCAGUAUGAUUUCACCAAGGCCAAGGAAGCCAACCGCAAGGCCCAGAGUGUUAUUGCCAAAAAUGCAGAGAAGGCUAAGAAUGCUGAGAAGACCCCUGCUGCUCCUGCCACCACUGACGCCACAAAUACUACUGAUAGGGAUGAGGCCAAGGUCACUGUUUCUGAGGAUGCAACCGCUGAUAUCACCGCAGCUGCCAGACAGACCACAGAUGCCGAUAUUCCCUCUAGCAACGACAGUGUAUCUCAGGAGCAGUCAAAUGCCAAGACCUCAGCUUCCCAGUCCAGUCCACAGCCCACCCCAGCACUUGCAGAAAAUGGAGAAAAGUGUGACCCAGAGAGUGUGGCUGGUGGAGAAGGGGGAAAAUCAGCCUCCGAGGGACAGUGCCUUGGGCCAGUGUCCGAGGAAGAUCUGGUCAAGCCAACUGAAGGUGAAAGAAGGAAGAAAACGAUUGACUGGAGAGGAAAGACAUAUCUGGCACCACUCACCACGCUGGGUAAUCUGCCUUACCGCCGUAUCUGCAAGCAGUUUGGGGCUGAUAUAACGUGCGGGGAGAUGGCCCUGGCCGCCAACCUCCUGCAGGGGUUCCCAAGCGAGUGGGCAUUAGUCAAGAGGCACUCCUCCGAGGACUGCUUUGGCAUACAGUUGUGUGGGAGCAAUGCCGAGACCAUGAGCAAGUGUGCGCAGAUGCUGGAGGAGAAUGCUGAGUUUGACUUCUUGGACAUCAACAUGGGCUGUCCGAUUGACUUCAUUUACAAGCAGGGCGGGGGCAGUGCCUUGAUGCGGCGGCACGGGUGUCUGGAGCAGAUGGUGCGGGGCAUGACGCAUGUGCUGAAUCGUCCACUGACACUCAAGAUGCGCACGGCUGUGUACCACGACACCAAGGUGGCCCACAACCUGAUCCAGCGUGCCAAACUGUGGGACGUGUCGAUGGUGACGGUCCACGGGCGGUCGAGGGAACAGCGAUACCUCAAGCUGGCAGACUGGGACUAUGUGAGCGAGUGUGCCAAAGCUGCCCAGCCCUUGCCGGUGUUUGGUAACGGGGAUAUACUCUCCUAUGAGGACUACAAUGCAUGUCUCGAGAAUACAUCAGUGUCAGGUGUGAUGAUAGCAAGGGGUGCCCUCAUCAAGCCGUGGAUCUUCAAAGAGAUCAAGGAACAGCAGCACUGGGACAUUCGAUCCUCCGAGAGGCUGGACAUGCUCAGGGACUUCACCAACUAUGGCAUGGAGCACUGGGGCAGUGAUGAAGAGGGUGUAGAGAAGACUCGAAGGUUCCUGCUGGAGUGGCUGUCCUUCCUCCACCGCUACAUCCCAGUGGGCCUCCUGGAGAGCACCCAGCGCAUCAACCAGCAGCCGCCCGCCUUCAGGGGACGUGAUGACCUCGAGACUUUGAUGGCCUCUCGCAGCGUAAAUGACUGGAUCAAAAUAAGUGAGAUGCUCCUUGGACCAGUGCCAGCAGACUUUGCAUUCCUUCCCAAGCACAAGGCAAAUGCUUACUGAAAAGGUACAAAACUAUAUGCAGAAUCAGGGAGCGAAAGAAAUGUGUCAACCAUCUACUGACCAAGUGGGAGCGGGGGUGGGGGGGUGGGGGGGGGGGGGAGUGAGUGUGAGAGAGAAAAUAAAGGUAGUGUCACAUGAGCACAUUCUCUACCUCUACGGAUAUCUGCGGAUCACUCUUUAGUCACUGUGCCUUUUCCUUUGUUCCGACCCAACACAAUUAGCCACAACCAUCUAAAGUUGCCCAUACUGCCUCGACCCUCCUCCACCGCGUCUGUUUGUUGACAUUUUAAGCUUUAAUAAUGGAUGACCUGCUAUUGUGGUUCCUGAUUGGUGGUUGGUGAAGAGGAGAGAGAAGGAGGAGUAAAACAUGGAGAGGAAAAGAGGAAGACUAUAUCCAAGGACAGCAGAAAGUGUGCCUAUGUGAAACUGUAUUAAUUCUCACAGUUGUAUGAUUUUUUUUAUAUUCCUGCCACAUGUUUCUCCUUACCAGGGGCUCUGUGUUACCAGUAGAUCUUUGCUACUACCAGUGUGGGGGACAUUUACAGAAUUUUGUAGCUUGAGUGAAUGGAAAAUGGCAAUCAUGCAGUAUAUUCUUGUGUAGAAAAGAAGAAAUGUCAAAUGUUUCAACAUCUUUGAUUAUUGUUAUUAUUUUUAUUAUGCCAUAAGCCAUACCAAGACAAGUUGAAAUAACCCAGGCAUGUCUUAAACCACUUAUGUGACUUGGUGUCUUAUUUUUAUCAUACCAUUUUAUUGCUGACCAGUAAUAGUAAUAAUAAUUGUUGUAGUUGUUGUAAUAGUAGUAUAGUCAAACCAUUUCAAAUAGUCUGUCUGGGCAUUUGAUUCUCCGGGUCCUUUCCUCUCCUAUGCUCUGCUACACAGUCCCAACACCUAUUUUUCUCUCUCAUAUGUUGCAUAUAGGUAACAUAUGAAAGGAAGGGAGGAAAGGACCCGCAGAAUCGAACACUCAAACGGACUAUUUGAAAUGGUUUGACUAUAGUAGUAGUAGUAGUAGUCAUAAUGGUAGCAGUAGUAGAAGUAUUAGUAUUAGUGGUAGCAGUAGUAAUAGUAGUAGUAGUAGUAGUAGUAGCAGUAGUAGUGUAAGACAAAGAAUUAAAAUGCAGCUCAGCAGUAGUGGGUUUCUUCAUGUAUUUUAUGCCUUCAAAAGGUUUGUUACCAUGGAUCUCCUUGAAAGUCCAUUGAGUAAAUGAUAACUAAGAUCACUCAUGAGACUCUCUUGUGUGUAGAGUCUCCCAUAUGUUAAGAAUGUGUGGAAGUUGCAAAUACAGAUUAAAUGAUAUAGAAGUGAAAUGAA